AUGAUGGUGAGCACAGCCAACUACCUGUGGUCAAUGGAAGAUGUGCUUGGGCAGGGUACCACCGCCAGCAUCUAUAAGGCCCGCAACCAGAUGACAGGGCAGCAGGUUGCGGUGCAGGUGUUUAAACUGAUGAGCUACAGUCGUCCGUACGAGGUUCAGAUGAGAGAGUUCGAGAUGCUCAGGAGACUCAACCACAACAACAUCGUCAAGCUCUUCUCCAUGGAGGAGCUGAGGAGUAAACCGAGGGUGUUGGUGAUGGAGUAUUGUUCAGGAGGCAGUCUGCUCAGUCUGCUGGUGGAGCCAGAGAACGCCUUCGGUCUACCAGAACCAGAGCUCCUCAUAGUACUACAUUGUGUGGUGCACGGGAUGAACCAUCUGCGUGAGAACAGGGUGGUGCAUCGGGAUAUUAAGCCUGGGAACAUCAUUCGUCAGGUGGGAGAGGAGGGGAGGUCCAUCUAUAAGCUAACAGCAUUUGGAGCGGCCAGAGAACUAGAGUACGAUGAGAAGUUUGUCUCCCUCUAUGGGACAGAGGAAUACGUGCGUGUGUGUGUGUGUGUGUGGCACCCAGACAUAUAUGAGUGUGCAGUCAUGUGGAAACCCCAGCAGAAGGCCUAUGGUGUGAGUGCUGACCUGUGGAGUAUUGGAGUGACGUUUUACCACGCUGCCGCCAGUGCUUCACCCUUCACACCCUACGGAGAACCCCGCAAGAACAAGCCCACCAUGUAUAAGGUCACCACAGAGAAGCCGGUUGGGGCCAUUGCUGGAGUCCAGAGGGUUGACGACGGCCCUAUAGAGUGGAGUUACCGCCUGCCACAGAGCUGCCAGCUCUCAGUCGGGUGUAGGGGUCAACUGGUGCCAGUGUUAGCUGGGAUACUGGAGGCAGACCAGGAGAAGUUGGGUGUAUUUUUUGCCACCACAGACAUACUACAGAGAGUCUCAGUCCAUCUGUUCUGCCUGCAACAGGCCGCAGCUCACCGCAUAUACAUUCACCACCACAACACGAUGCACCGGAUGACGUAG